AUGAGCACGGACAUGAUGGGCGGCGCCGCCCCGACCGACGAUGACUUCACCAAAUUGUCAAUAGAGGAACGCCUAGCGUCCAAACUGUGGAAGGCGCGUGUUUCCGCGUAUGAAGACCUCACAAAGGCUUUCCCAAAAACCUCUUCCGAGAACGACCCCAUCUUUCGCCAAUAUACCCGCAAUCCCGACAUUCUCAAAUCCAUCGUGGUCGAUACCAAUGCGGUUGCACAGGAAAAGGGUGUAGAUGCCGUACGAGCCUUUGUCGAGUUUGGUGGUCAGCCUGCUGGACGCACAAGAGAGUUUGUCGUUCCUGCCCUCGUCGAAAAGUGCCUCGGAUCCACGCGUGCGGGUACAAAGAAGAACGCGCUCGAGCUCAUCUCGUUCUAUGCAGAGAUGGAGGACGUGGUCGGAUGUGAGCCACUCCUCGCCGACCUCCUCGACGGUCUCAAAGCCAAACAACCCAAAGUUGUGGCUGGCUGCAUCACCGCCAUCAAGGACCUCGUCCGCGACUUUGGUCACAAGCAAGUCUCGCCCAAACCCAUCCUCAAGCGCUUGCCAGACAUGUUUGCCCACUCCGACAAGAACGUCCGUGCGGAAGCCUCCCUCUUGGCGCACGAGCUCCACAGAUACAUCGGCGCGGCACUAGAGCCCACCAUCGACACACUCAAGGACAUCCAAGCAAAGGAACUCCGCCAGCAAUUCGCCGACAUUGACGCAGCAACCACUUCCAAACCUACACCAACACGUUUCCUGCUCAGCCAGCGUGAAAAAAUGCAGGCCGCUGCAGCACCGGUCUCGCAAGAAGGUGCAGGUGCCGUCGCCGAAGCAUCGGGGACCGCCGGCACUUCUGAGGCUCCGCAAGAGGAAGACGACGACGUGGAUCCAUACGACUUGGCUGAGCCCGUCAACGUCUUUGGCAGCCGCGACUUCCCUGCCGACUUUGAAGAAAUGAUUGUCUCCAAAAAGUGGCAGGAGCGCAAAGAGACGCUCGAGACCAUCCUCAAGAUCCUCAGCUCAUCUCCAAAGGUUCAGCCCGACAGUCGCUUUGACAACCUCGUCGAUCAUCUUGCGCUCAAGAUCCAGAAAGACGCUAACAUCAACGUCGUCCUCGUCUCGUGCCAGUGUCUCGAAGCCAUGGCAAAGGGUCUCCGCGACAACUUCUCGCGGUAUAAGGACAAAGUCGUGCCGUCCAUCAUCGAGAAGCUCAAGGAGAAGAAGACCGCUACCGUCGAGGUACUUGCCAAGGCGCUCGACGCCAUCUUCCAGACCGUCUCCUUUUCCGAGAUCCUCGAGCACAUCUUCACCGGCAUCAAGCACAAGAAUCCUGCUGUCAAGACCGAGUCCAUUCGCUUCCUCGUCCGCUGCCUUCGCACCACCAAAGUCGCCCCGGCCAAAGCUGACAUCAAGCCCAUCGGCGAUGCUCUGGUCACCGCCAUGGCCGAUGGAUCUCCUGACGUCCGUGACGCAGGAGCAGCAGGUCUCGGCACUCUGAUGAAGCUCAUCGGCGAGCGUCCCAUGAACAUCUUCCUCGACGGUCUCGACGACAUCAAGAAGGGCAAGAUUCAGGACGAGUACAAGACGGCCGAGGUCAAGGUCAAGAUGGGCUCAGCUGCGGGCGCGGGCGUACCUUCGUCGAGCUCGGCCUCAGCACGAAGACCACCAGUAGCUGCCGCACCUUCCACCGUUGCCAACCGUGCCGCUCCCGCUGCUGCUGUUCGUGCAAAGCCGCCAUCUGCCGCGCCACCCACGGCUGCCGGCAAGGAAAACCAAGCACCAAGACCCGUCGCUCGUCCAGCACCAGGCAUGGCAGCUCGACCCAUAGGCGCAAGGCCUGCUGCAGCCGUACCGGCAGCUUCUUCCAGUGCACCUGCACGCAGACCAGCACCAGCGGCCUCUGCGCGUCCCGCCGCAGCUGCAUCCGGGGGCGGUAGCAAGGCAGCUGCCUCAGCGACCGAGCCAGUCAAGUAUCGCUUCCACCCCGACGACGCUGAAACACGCGCAGCCGACCUCAUCCCUGCUGGCAUCGCCACGCAACUCGCGAGCAGUGCAUGGAAGGAGCGUCUCGCAGGCAUGACCGAGUUCAACGAUUGGCUCAAGGUGGAGGCCGAGACCGUAGAGUCUGAGAUCAUCGUCCGUGCCUUGGGCAAGAAGCCAGGAUGGAAGGAGAGCAAUUUUCAAGUCAUGGCCGAAGUGUACAAGGCGCUCCAGUUGCUCGCCAACGACUGUCCAACAUUCGCCCGCCCCUCGGUGGCGCUAUCGGUCCAGCCUCUCUGCGACAAGCUGGGAGACAUCAAGCUCAAGACACCGGCCGGCGAGACGCUCGUGACUUUUGCCGAAAAAACAUCAUUCGGUUUCCUUCUGGCGCAAGCGCUGGGGCCUCUUGGCUCCCUCAAGGCACCAAAAGCGAUCGCCGACUCCAUCCUGUGGGUCGACCAGACGCUGCUCGAGUUCGGCACUGCUGGCAUCGACGUACGCUCUCUUAUCGACUACCUCGUCACGUGCCUCAAGUCGGCGAACGCCGCCGUGCGCACCAACGCCACCAAAGCCAUAGGAACUCUGGCCCGCUUCCUCGGAACCGCGCUCAAUUCGUUUGUUGCCGAUCUCAAUCCGCAGCUUCGUACCACCAUCGAAGCGGAGAUCGAGAAGGCGGCAUCCAAUCCACCGCCAGCACCUGUGCGUUUCAGCGAUGAGACUAAAGCGCCGGCUGGCAAGGCUGCAUCGGGAGGCGGCGGAGGCGCAUCGCAAUCCGCAGCCCAGGACAACGGUGUCGAUGAAGACAUGCUCGACGAGCUCGUUCCGCGCGUCGACCUCGAUCGUCUGGUUUCUGCUGCUGCCAUCGCGCGGAUGGGUGACGCCAACUGGAAGGAGCGCAAGGAAGGCCUCGAAGAAGUCCUCGCUGUCGUCAAUGCCAACAGCCGCUUGAAAGGCAACAUGGCCGAGCUUGCCAACGCGCUCAAGAUGCGAUGUUCCGAUAGCAACAUCAUGUGCAAAUCCAUGGCGCUCGAUGCCAUCGCCAAGAUUGCUACAGCCAUGAACAAGCAUUUCGAACCGCAAGCCCGCAUCCUGGCUGGGCCUAUAACGCAGGUGCUCGCUGACGCCAAGGCGCCUGUCCGAGCUUCGGCUACCACGGCGCUGACGGCCAUUGCUGAGCAAGUCGGUGUCGGCUCUCUGCUGCCGGGCAUGAGCACCGUGGUCGAAGGGAAAGCCGCCAAUCCGAUGCUCAAGCAAGAGCUUUUCGGCUGGCUGGCCAAUUGGUUUGAGUCGCAUCCGCCCGAAAGGGGUAUGGAUCUCGCGCCGCUCGCUCUGCCAUGCGUGCAGUGUCUCGACGACAAGCUUGCAGCCGUUCGCAAGGCUUCGUUGGCGUGUCUGCCCUUCAUCAUCAUGCGAGCUGGCUACAAACAUGUCAUUGAGCAGGCCAACCAGCUCAAGACCGCAUCCAAGAACACGGCGAUCCCGCUCAUCGAUGCGGCCAAAGUGCAAGCACAGGCUGCGGCUCGAAACGCCGGUGCAUCUGCGGCGGCUGCUCCUCCAGCGUCUGCUUCCGGCCCAGCGCCUGCUGCUCGAGCCGCUGUGGCCGGUUCACGAACUGCGGCAGCUUCACCGGCAAGAUUGUCCGGCGCCGGGUCUGGCGCUGCAGCUGCCGCGUCUUCUCCCCGCACAUCGGCCAUUGCCCGUCCAGGCGGCAUCAAGCCACCCUCGGCGGUAGGUCGUUCGCUCAAGGCACCUUCCUCUGCCAUCGCUCGCCAGCCUCGUCUGGCUUCCGACGGCAGCGAUGCCACCGUCGCUUCACGCAGCGCUGCCUCGUCUUCAAAUGGGGCCGCUGGUCAAGGAGCAGGCGCCGGUGGUGCUAUGGAUCGCUCGGCGCCACUCAUCUCGGCAGACAUCAAAGCAAAGACGUUGCGCGAGAAGCGCGAGGGCAAAGCUGCCAACUGGAUCGCAGCUGAUGGUGCGCCGCGACCCGAGCUGAUCGAGGUCCUGCGUCAGCAGUGCGACGGUCAGCUCAGCCGCGGUGUCGUCGACUCUAUGUUCAGCAAGAGCCACUCGUCAGAAAAGGACUUCUACGCUGCGUUGACCCUACUCUCCGACUUUAUCUCGAGCCCGACCUUUGCAGAGGAGCAAUACGGCCUCUCGCCGGAAGAGACCAUCGAACGAAGCAUUGCCAACUCGGAUCUGAUCUUCAAGUACGUCUCGAUUCGCCUGACGGACAACAACACGAGUCUCUCGCUCAAGUGCCUCGACAUCCUUGAGCACCUCGUGGCGCUGCUCAGCACGCAGCAGUACCACAUGAGCGACUACGAAGCUGCUUGCAUUCUACCCUGCCUCACUGCCAAGUUCGGCGAUGCCAAAGUCGCCUUCCGCGACCGCAUCCGCGAAAUCUUCCGCAAGAUGACCUUCAUCUUCCCGCCAAGCAAGCUGCUCACCAGCUACCUCGAGAACGGGCUGCCGUCCAAGAACGCCCGCGUCCGCACCGAAUGUCUGAGCGAGGUCGGCUACUUGUUCUCAAAGAAUGGUCUUCAAGUGUGCUCACCAUCGCGGACGCUUCCCGUGAUUGCGAAACAGAUCAGCGACCGUGAUGCAAAUGUGCGCACGGCCGCCCUUUCGGCGAUUGGCGAGGCGUAUAAGAUCAUCGGAGACGAGGUGUACAAGCUCGUUGGUUCGCUGCCAGGCAAGGAGAUGUCGAUGCUGGAGGAGAGGCUCAAGCGGACCACGGCGCCGUCAGCGUCCACCGGCGCGGCGGCGACGAAGCCCGCCAGUGCCGCGAGCGCUGCUGCGCGUGCUGGCCCGCGCGCAUCUGUGCUUCCCACGUCUGCCGCUGCUCUGCCGUCUCCUGGUCGUCUGUCGACCGGUGCGCCUUCUUCGCGUCUCGCACGACCCGGUUCGUCUCUGCAGCAGCCAGCAGCUCCCUCUGCCGGCGUCAGAAGCCGUCUGCCCGCGGCAGGGGCCGCACGUCAAUCUGCGAUCGGCCUGCCUCGCGCCGCAAAACCAGCGGGUGCUGGAUCGCCUCGCGCUUCCAUAAUGCGUCCACCUAGCGAUGCUGCUGCUGCUCGUCCGACAAGCGCCAUCGCGCCGGAACGCAAUGAACUUCUAACCGACGAGCUGCCCGAGGAGGAGGACGAAGAGCUCUCGGUCGACCAAGCCAUCAACCUCGUCGUGAGCAACAACGUCGAGCAGAGCGUCCUCGCACUCAAGCACGUCGAGGCGUUCAUCCGCGAAGAGGAGCCUCAGCUCAUCUCGCACGUCGACCAGCUCGCCAUCGUGCUGAGCAAACAGACGCAACGAGCCUUCUCGCCCGGAUCGGGCGAUUUUGGCAACGAGCGUCUGAAGAAGCACUUGCUCGUGGUCAGCACGUCGCUGUUCGACAAGAACCGCGUCUGGGAGGACGGACGCACGCUCGGAUCGUACCUGUCUCGAUCAGCGCUGAUUCCGCUGCUGACGGUGCUUCUGCAGCAGCUGAUCCAGUCUACGUCUCGCGCCGACGACCCAUCCGCGCAGAACGAGUCCAAAUUCCUCAACGUGAUCGUGCUUCGCUGCUUUUCGGCGUGCAACCUCAACCUGCUGUAUGGCGCGUGCCUGCAGAUGCUGACCGAAGCGACGGAAGACCUGCGCGAGCUCGAGGGUGAAGUGCUCGAGACGCGCUCCAAGUUCUCCGAGCUGUUGGUCAAGUGUCUGUGGAAGAUCGCCAAGCGCCUCGAGGACAGUCUGGCGCAGCACCAGGUGGAGCCGCAGCAGCUGUUCGCCGAUGUGGAGAGCUUCCUGCAGGCAAUCGCUCCAUCGGAAUGGCGACAGCGUGCGCAGGAUGGCAUCCCGCUCGCUGAUCUGCCGCUGCGAACGGUCAAGAUCAUUCUGUCGCACACGUCGAACCACUACGGCGAGGAGGCGCUGGGCAUGCUGGACAUGAUUGCGCAGCCCGAGAACAGCUACGUGUACAAGUACCUGAUCCGGAUGCUCAACAUUGCUGCCGAGGGGGGAGCUGCGGACAAGGCGGCGGUCGCCGAUGUCGACGCCGACGCGGGUGCAGUCGCCAGGUCAAAGCCGGUCAACGGAAGUGGCAACGGCGAAGGACAUCAGCGAAGCAGCAGCCAGAACGGCAACGGAGCUGUCGACGAAGGAAGCAGCACGCACCACGCCGAGUUGCGCGACAUCUUCCAACGCAUCUCGAACAAGUCCGAGUCGCGUCAAGGCAUUCGAGAGCUGUACGAGUUCCAGAAGCGCAACCCGCAUCUGGAGAAGCACGUGGAGAACUCGCUGCAGAAGACGGGGCCGAUCUUCCAGAGGUUCAUCAAGCGCGCUCUCGCGAACCACGCGGCGGAGGAUCCGGAUGUGAUGAACGGCAGCGCUGCGGCGCAGGCUGCCCCGGCCACGACGGGGAUGGAGGAGAUCAGGCGGGUGGGCACGCCUUCGGGAGGUAGUGCGAAUGGGAGCGGGACGCCGGGCACGCCUAGGUCUUCGCGUUUCGGGACGGCGGCGGCGGAUGGAUCGAUGGGGAGUCCGACGAGUUCGUCGGCUACCCAUUCGCCGAGGGGUUCGUCGAUCAGGAGUUCGGCCGCGGAUGACAGGUUGGCUCAGCUGAGGGCCAAGUUCUCUUCGUAG